CAGGCAGGGGCUCCCCCCUCCCCGCCCUGCUCGGCCACCUCCUCGCCCCGCGGCCGCCGCUGGAAGAUGUCUCAGGAGAGGCCCACGUUCUACCGGCAGGAGCUGAACAAGACCAUCUGGGAGGUGCCCGAGCGAUACCAGAACCUGUCCCCCGUGGGCUCGGGCGCUUAUGGCUCCGUGUGUGCUGCUUUUGAUACAAAGACGGGACAUCGUGUGGCAGUUAAGAAGCUGUCGAGACCAUUUCAGUCCAUCAUUCAUGCCAAAAGGACCUACCGAGAGCUGCGCCUGCUGAAGCACAUGAAACAUGAGAACGUGAUCGGUCUUCUGGAUGUGUUCACGCCUGCAAGGUCCCUGGAGGAAUUCAGCGAUGUGUACCUGGUGACCCAUCUCAUGGGGGCAGACCUGAACAACAUCGUCAAGUGCCAGAAGCUUACCGACGACCACGUUCAGUUCCUGAUCUACCAGAUCCUCCGCGGGCUGAAGUAUAUACAUUCAGCUGACAUAAUUCACAGGGACCUAAAGCCCAGCAACCUAGCUGUGAAUGAAGACUGUGAGCUGAAGAUUCUGGAUUUCGGACUGGCUCGGCAUACUGAUGAUGAAAUGACAGGCUACGUGGCCACCAGGUGGUACAGGGCUCCUGAGAUCAUGCUGAACUGGAUGCACUACAACCAGACAGUGGAUAUUUGGUCCGUGGGCUGCAUCAUGGCUGAGCUGCUGACUGGAAGAACAUUGUUUCCUGGUACAGACCAUAUUAACCAGCUUCAGCAGAUAAUGCGUCUGACGGGGACCCCCCCUGCUUACCUCAUUAACAGGAUGCCAAGCCAUGAGGCAAGAAACUACAUCCAGUCUCUGGCCCAGAUGCCGAAGAUGAACUUUGCAAAUGUAUUUAUUGGUGCCAAUCCCUUGGCUGUCGACCUGCUGGAAAAGAUGCUCGUUUUGGACUCAGAUAAGAGGAUCACAGCAGCCCAGGCUCUUGCACAUGCCUACUUUGCUCAGUACCACGACCCUGAUGAUGAGCCUGUGGCUGACCCGUAUGACCAGUCCUUUGAAAGCAGGGACCUCCUUAUAGAUGAGUGGAAAAGCCUGACCUAUGAUGAAGUCAUCAGCUUUGUGCCACCGCCCCUUGACCAAGAAGAAAUGGAGUCGUGAACACGUCGUUCCUGUUCUGUCGGUCCCACUUCACUGUGAGGGGAAGGCCUUUUCAUGGGAACUCUCCAAA